GCAGAUUCAGUCAGGAGUUUAAAGGGCAGAGUUGUAAAAACUCCCAGGCAGUGGGGAGUCAGACUGACUGACGAUAGACUCCUAAAUAAAAAAAAAUUAUAUAUAUAUAUAUAUAAAAAAAAUAACAUACGAAGAGCAAACGACUAAACAUAUUGAUGCAACCUGAUUGGAAUUAUCAGUUCGAUAACUGUUAACUAGGAAUUGUUGCGGAAGGUUGUUGUCAAGCCAGCCAGGAGAGAACACACGGUGAAGUCGUUUAAUGAGUGUGAGAAGAUUUUCCAGUGGAACUGCAAAUAUUUUCUAAUCCACCAGCACUUCUGUUUGUCCCCACUGAUCACUACUGCCUUUGAGGUUUUUGCAACACUCAACUUAAGCGGCUCUUGACGGCAUUUACGACGGCAAAACAGCUAUGCAGCUUGAAAUCCAAGUAGCGCUCAACUUCAUAAUUUCUUAUCUGUAUAACAAACUCCCACGACGACGAGUCAACAUCUUUGGUGAGGAGCUGGAGAGACAGUUGAAGAAGAAAUAUGAAGGACACUGGUACCCCGACAAGCCAUACAAAGGAUCUGGAUUCAGGUGUAUACACGUGGGUGAGAAGGUGGACCCGGUAGUGGAGGAAGCAGCCAAAGAGAGUGGGCUGGACAUCGAAGAUGUCCGCAAUAACUUGCCUCAGGACCUCAGUGUUUGGAUCGACCCUUUUGAGGUGUCCUACCAAAUUGGGGAAAAGGGACCUGUCAAGGUGCUAUAUGUGGAUGAUAACAAUGAGAACGGAUCAGAGCUGGACAAGGAGAUCAGAAACAGUUUUAACCCCGAGGCUCAGGUCUUUAUGCCAAUCAGCGACCCUGUGGGCGUCUCCUCGGAGUCCAGUUCCCCGUCCCCUCCAUUUGGCCAGUCUGCAGCAGUUAGCCCCUCCUUCAUGCCACGCUCCACUCAGCCUUUAACCUUCACUACAGCCUCGUUUGCUGCCACCAAGUUUGGCUCCACUAAGAUGAAGAACAGCGGCCGCAGUGGCAGCAAAGUUGCACGCACCUCUCCCACAAACCUGGGCCUGAAUGCAAACAGCUUACUUAAGCAGAAAGCCAUCUCUAACUCCGUGCAUUCUCUGUACAGUUUUGGCCUGGGAAGCCAGCAACAGAAGGCCUCAGCACUUUCUCCCAACGCAAAGGAGUUUGUGUUCCCCAACCUCCAGGGCCAAGGGAGCUCCAGUGCAAAGUUUGGAAGCGAGAAUCCCCUAAGCCUCAACCCUUUGCAGUAUAACAAUGCCUUUGAUGUAUUCUCAACCUACGGGAGCAUCAAUGACAAGUCCCUCAUGGAUGGCUUAAACUUCAGUCUCAGCAACAUGCAGUAUUCGAACCAGCAGUUCCAACCAGUCAUGGCUAACUAAUGUUGAAGAGUGAUUGUUGGCAAAAGGAUUAGUUCAAAGACUUCUAGUAGUUCAAGGAACUUUGAAUGUGGAAACAAAGAUCUCUAUUAGUCACUAAGCGCAAGUGCCCAAGGGAGUUUUAUUUUCUCCUCCGCCUGUUUCUCUGCCCCCUUGAGUUUGUACUGAAAGCUUGUGUUACAGAUGUGUCCAAGCCUGGUUACAUUCAAGCAACGUGUCAUUGUUUUCUUUCCCUUUUUUGCCAAUAAAGCAAAAAAAAAAAAAAAAAAAAAAAUAAAAAAUUUACUAUUGAGGAAAAAGAAUCUAAAACAUUGAAAAACAACAAUACAGAAGCUUCAAGUUCUUACCUCUUACAGUAUUAUAAAGGUGGUAAGACUUGGCUGAUUUUUAAGAAAUUGGCACUAAUGCAUAAUAUCUGGGGUUAUGUGGUCUUUUUUUCUAAUUGUAUAAUUUAAUUGAGUACAGAGUUUGUAAAAUAUCAGAGUAUAUAUAUUGUUUCUACAACAUGGUAUUGCAUUUAUAUCUUUUUACUACUCCAGUGAUCUGUGAUGGCUGCAGAAGGCUUUAUGUUAUAAUGUAUUUUGUUUUCCUUUUUUAAAUUGUUAAAGAAAUUAAUCUUUAAAAUAGAUUAAAAAAAAUAAAAAAAAAUCUAAAGAAUAUUCCUUUAGUGUUGGGAUUUCAGUGUAGGAAUAUUAUUAUUUUUUUUUUAAACAAAGAGUUGUAUUUUCUGUUAAGAGUUACACAGAUUUUUGCUAUAUUAUGGACAAUGUAAACGUAUAUAUUAAUUUUGUACCUACAUUGUGCAAUACUUGAUAAAAUAUGGUAUAACAAAGUAUUUUGAGUCAGUGUCUUACAUGUCAAGAGGGACUGAAAUAGUUUACAUUAAGUUUGUAUUAAAAUGCUUGAAAUAUAUGCUUGUCUUUUAUUUUUUUUUUUAUUUGACAUUUGCACCCUGGCCUUUUUCAAUAAAAGAAAAUUUAGGCAAGAA